UGACACUAAUGGUUUGAGGUUGAUGUUGUUGAAUGAGGUGUUUGGUGAGGUCCGGUGAUUUGUUCUUUUUUCUAUUAUAAUUGCUUAGCUUCAUUUUUAAACGAUGGAUCGGUAUGGCACUGGAGGUUAUAGCUCUCCCUAUGGAGCAGGAAAUGUACCCCUAAAUCUUCCAGGCACUGGUUCAAUGACGCAGCUCUCCCCAUAUCUCAACAUCGAUCCAGGCUAUUUGUAUCAGAGUGAAGGCCCCGAAUUCAUUUUUCCGGAAGGUGCAAGUCACAAGCGGGGGAGGUUUGAGUUGGCCUUCUCACAGAUCGGUGGUUCAGUGAUGACAGGGGCAGUCCUUGGUGGUGUUAAUGGCCUCUACAUUGGAGCAAGAGAAACAGCAGUGGCAGGACAGACAGGAGCGAUCCGCAGAACACAAAUGUUUAACUUCGUGACAAGGCGUGGUGCUGCUGCUGCAAAUAGCUUGGGAUGUGUAGCCGUCAUGUACAGCAGCUUUGGUGUUUUGCUGUCGUGGCUAAGAGGCGCAGACGACGAGCUGAACACCGUUAUCUCGUCAACAGCCACUGGAUUGCUAUACAAGUCAUCAGCUGGGCUACGGAAGUGUGCAAGAGGAGGUGCGGUUGGACUUGGACUGGGAGUAGCGUACUGCCUGUUCACGAGUAAGGACCGUUUAAAGCAGAUGAUUAGUGGGAAAUCAUGAUAUCGUUAGUUUAAUAGUUAUGAAACUAUGUACAUUUGUAAACAGCCAGUGGCCAAACACUUGGAAGCGAGGAAUGUUUUACGUGCGCCCUGUGAUAGCGUGCACAUAUGUAAGGAAAGGUGCAUAGUUGUGCUGCGAGUCCACCAUUGUAGUGCUGCCAUGCAAAAGCCUGGGAGGUACAUGAUCAGAUCUCUUCUGUGAUAAGGCUUUAUGCGUUUUAUCAGAGGAAUAGAGCUUGUACGAGGUAGGAUAAUUCUAACUGUAGAAGAAAUCGUAGCAGCGUACUUCAGACUUCAGCGCAAAUGCUAGAUAAAUUGCGAUAUUCAUCGUUCAAUACUACAUGCAAGAAUGUAAACAGUAAGCUUGCUGCUUUCUUGGUUGGAUUGGUUAUUAUAGAACAGCAUCUGUCAUCGACUUCCGACUAUACACUUUUAAAAUCGCAAGGGAAAAUAUGCUGUUCAAUAGUAUACUUGUAGAAUAAACAUAACACUUCAAGUAUUAAUUA